AUGGACGAUCCGCCUCCGUAUAACGACUCCAGCGAGGUCUACGGCCUUGGGCCUGGCACGCAAGACGAUGUUCACUCACCGACAACGCUGUACGUCGCCGGCCGCUUCAUCCACUCUACGGAUCCCUGGGCGCCGCCUCUGUACGAACUCUCACAUUCGGUCGGCUUCCUCAAGGACACGGAUCGCAGCGUGCGCAUCGAGAGGCUCGACUACUCCAUAAAGCGACGAGACGGCGUGGCCCAGCUGGCAGCGCGGAAGAGGCACAUCUAUGACUUGAAGCAUCCCCUGCUGGUCACGGGUCCGACAUUUGCUUAUCAUGCGGAACCUACUUCGCGGCAGAGCCUAUGCGCUUUUGGAUUAGAAAAGUUUCGGCCAAAGAAACUGUCACCCACAAAAGGCUAUCGCAUUCGGCGCGCAACGCACUCGCAUGACCAUCAACAAUUAGUGCGUCGGGAUAUUCUCUUUUCGGCUGUCCCCACCAAGGACAAGGCCGUUCGAUACGAAUGGAGCGAUGCGGACGGUCAGCUUGUGGCACGAGAGGUGAAUGGAAGCAAUGUGAUGACACUGGUUGUCAGUGCCAUGAUGGGCACUGGUGAGAGAGACGCGCUCGUUUCAGCGUGGAUGUCGAGAGUGUGGGCAGAGCUUGCGAAGAAGACCGACCCAUUUGGCUAA